AUGGGAUUUGACGUUCGAAUUCUAGCUACACUACUUCUAAUCUAUGCAGAAACUGUAUUGGCUCAAGAAAGAUGCGGCUUCAUGGUUGCCAUACCCAGACCACCAAGGCCGGAUCUGCCUGAACUAGACUUCGAAGGUCAAACCUGGAGUCAAAGACCAUUAAUACCGGCAGCAGACCGCGAAGAUGUCUGCAUGGACGGCUACCACGCGAUGACUCCUACCUACGGAACUCAGAUUAUUUACAUGGAAGAAGAGAUAGAAGGAGAAGUACCCAUCGCCAAACUCAAUUACCGCGGUCCAAAUGUACCAUACAUUGAGCCAGCAUUUCUGUCUGGUUCUUUCAAUCUACUCGUGCCCGUUAUCCGCAGGAUACCAGAUAGUAAUGGAGAAUGGCACCUUAUUAUUACUCAGAGACAAGAUUAUGAGACUCCUGGAAUGCAGCAGUAUGUGUUCAACAUCAGGAUAGAUGGGGAGACAUUGGUCGCGGGUGUUUCACUGCUGAUUGUCAAUAUCGACGACAACGCACCUAUAAUUCAAGCACUUGAACCGUGUCAAGUUGACGAACUAGGGGAAGCUCGUCUGACUGAGUGCGUAUACGUCGUAACUGAUGCCGAUGGCCGCAUCAGCACCCAGUUCAUGCAGUUUAGGAUCGACAGCGAUCGAGGAGACGACAAGAUCUUCUACAUCCAAGGGGCGAACAUUCCGGGCGAAUGGAUCCGGAUGACAAUGACCGUUGGCAUCAAUGAACCGUUGAAUUUCGAGACUAAUCCACUACAUAUAUUCUCUGUGACCGCUUUGGACUCUCUCCCAAACACUCACACUGUGACGCUUAUGGUACAAGUAGAGAAUGUGGAACAUCGGCCGCCACGAUGGGUAGAGAUCUUUGCUGUACAACAAUUCGAUGAGAAAACUGCACAGAGCUUCCCUGUAAGAGCUAUCGACGGAGAUACGGGCAUCAACAAACCUAUCCACUACAGACUGGAAACAGCAGAAGAAGAUACGUUUUUUCACAUUCGCACCAUCGAGGGGGGUCGUAGCGGCGCCAUAUUAUACGUAGAUCCAAUAGACAGGGACACAUUACAAAGAGAAGUGUUUCAAUUAUCCAUAAUCGCGUAUAAAUACGACAACGAAUCUUCAGCUACGGCAGCCAACGUUGUCAUAAUAGUCAACGAUAUAAACGACCAAAGACCAGAACCUUUGUUCAAAGAGUAUCGUUUGAACAUAAUGGAAGAGACAGCUUUGACGUUGAACUUCGAUCAGGAAUUCGGAUUCCAUGAUAGAGAUCUGGGUCAAAACGCACAAUACACCGUGAGGCUAGAGAGCGAUUAUCCACCAGACGCGGCGAAAGCCUUUUACAUAGCACCCGAAGUUGGCUACCAGCGACAGACCUUCAUCAUGGGGACAGCUAACCAUAAAAUGCUCGAUUAUGAAGUUCCAGAAUUUCAACGGAUCAGGUUGCGGGUAAUAGCAACAGACAUGGACAAUGAAGAACACGUCGGGGUUGCGUAUGUGUACAUCAAUCUUAUCAACUGGAAUGAUGAAGAGCCUAUUUUUGAACAUAGCGUACAAAACGUUUCCUUCAAGGAAACUGAAGGGAAGGGAUUUUUCGUGGCUAAUGUAAGAGCCCACGACAGAGACAUUGAUGACAGAGUUGAACACACAUUAAUGGGAAACGCGAAUAAUUAUCUCUCGAUAGAUAAGGACACAGGGGACAUUCAUGUCACGCAGGACGACUUCUUUGACUAUCACCGACAAAGCGAACUUUUUGUUCAGGUCAGAGCUGAUGACACUCUGGGGGAACCAUUUCACACGGCGACUUCUCAGCUGCUGAUCCAUCUGGAAGAUAUAAACAACACCCCUCCUACUCUGAGAUUGCCGCGCGGCAGUCCUAAUGUCGAGGAGAAUGUCCCCGAGGGCUACAUCAUCACAAGUGAGAUCCGAGCCACCGAUCCUGACACUACGGCUGAACUGCGCUUCGAAAUCGACUGGACCACUUCCUACGCAACCAAACAAGGCAGGGAAGCUAAUCCUAUUGAAUUUCACAAUUGUGUCGAGAUCGAAACAAUAUAUCCUGCGAUCAACAACCGUGGCUCGGCUAUAGGACGCCUCGUCGUCAAAAAAAUCAGGGAGAACGUCACAAUUGACUACGAAGAGUUCGAGAUGUUGUAUCUGACGGUCAGAGUGCGGGACCUUAACACUGUUAUCGGGGAUGAUUAUGAUGAAUCAACCUUCACCAUCACAAUCAUCGAUAUGAACGAUAAUCCUCCGAUAUGGGUCCCGGGAACACUGGAGCAGUCGCUGCGUGUUCGAGAAAUGUCAGACGCCGGUGUCGUGAUUGGGACUCUGACGGCCACUGACAUCGACGGACCACUCUACAAUCAAGUGCGAUACACUAUGAAGGCAAACGAAGGCACACCAGAGGAUCUAUUGAUGAUCGACUUCUACACUGGUCAGAUCACGGUGAAAACAAGCGGCGCAAUAGAUGCUGAUGUUCCACGGAGAUACAACCUAUACUACACUGUGGUGGCCACUGAUCGGUGCUACGCUGAAGACCCAGACGAUUGCCCUGACGACCCAACUUAUUGGGAAACUCCCGGCCAAGUCGUGAUACAAAUCAUAGAUACUAACAACAAAAUACCUCAACCUGAAACCGACCAAUUUAAGGCGGUCGUGUAUAUUUACGAAGAUGCUGUCUCUGGAGAUGAGGUUGUAAAAGUUAUUGGUAGCGAUUUGGAUAGAGAUGAUAUUUACCACACAAUUCGUUACCAAAUCAACUACGCCGUGAAUCCUCGUCUGCGCGACUUCUUCGCUGUUGAUCCGGAUACGGGAAGAGUGUACGUCUACUACACCACUGACGAGGUCCUCGACCGGGACGGGGACGAGCCUCAACACCGGAUCUUCUUUAACCUCAUCGAUAACUUCUUCCAGCAAGGAGACGGCAACAGAAACCAAAAUGAUGCCGAAGUACUGGUCGUACUUCUUGACGUGAACGACAACGCUCCAGAGCUUCCAGAACCCGAUGAACUGUCGUGGUCGGUGUCUGAAAGUUUAACUAAGGGUACGCGUCUCCAGCCACACAUAUACGCACCUGAUAGAGACGAACCUGACACGGACAACUCUCGGGUCGGGUACGCCAUCAUCAGCCUCACGAUCGCCAACAGGGAAAUCGAAGUUCCAGAGCUUUUCACCAUGAUACAGAUACAAAACGUCACAGGAGAACUGGAAACCGCCAUGGACUUGAGAGGCUAUUGGGGAACUUAUGCUAUUCAUAUUAAAGCCUACGACCACGGCAUCCCGCAACAGAUGUCCAAUGAAACGUACGAGCUCGUGAUUCGUCCUUACAACUUCCACGCUCCUGUUUUUGUGUUUCCUCAACACGGAGCUACUCUUCGACUGGCCAGGGAGAGGGCUGUCGUCAACGGUUUGCUGGCAACGGUAGACGGUGAAUUCCUUAAUCGCAUCGUCGCUACCGAUGAAGACGGGCUACAUGCUGGACAAGUUGCCUUCGAAGUGGUUGGUGAUACUGAAGCCGUCGAUUAUUUCCACAUUGUCAACGACGGGGAGAACAGUGGCACUCUGAUGCUGAAACAACUCUUCCCCGAGGACAUAAGAGAAUUUGAGGUGACGAUACGUGCUACUGACGGUGGGACAGAACCAAGACCGCUCUCCACGGACUGCACCUUCAGUGUGGUGUUCGUGCCGAUACAAGGAGAACCUAUCUUCCCUACGUCGACUCACACUGUUGCUUUCAUUGAAAAAGAAGCGGGCCUUUUGGAACGUCAUGAGCUGCCGCGUGCUGAGGAUCGGAAAAACCAUCUUUGCAGUGAUGAUUGUCACAAUAUCUACUACAGGAUAGUUGAUGGAAAUAAUGACGGCCACUUUGGACUCGACGAAAUUACGAACGUGCUAUUCCUGGUAAAGGAAUUGGAUCGGAGUGUCAGCGAAACGUAUACAUUGACCAUCGCUGCCAGCAACUCACCGACAGGCGGAAUCGCUCUAACCUCUACAAUAACCAUCACCGUUAAUGUGAGAGAGGCAGAUCCCCAGCCGUACUUCGUCAGAGAUUUGUACACGGCUGGCAUCUCCACUUCGGAUUCAAUCAACAGAGAACUGUUGAUUUUACAGGCGACACAUUCAGAAAAUGCACCGAUAAUCUACACGAUAGACUUGUCGACGAUGGUAACUGAUCCUACCCUGGCCUCCGUCAGGGAGACAGCCUUCAUACUUAACCCACAUACCGGUGUACUGACUCUUAACAUCCAGCCCACUGCGUCCAUGCACGGAAUGUUCGAAUUCCAAGUCGUGGCCACGGAUCCAGCUGGCUACAGUGAUAGAGCAAAUGUCAAGAUCUACUUGAUCUCCACAAGGAACCGCGUCUUCUUCUUGUUUGUUAACACUUUAGAACAAGUCGAGCAGAACACUGACUUCAUAGCACAAACGUUUUCCGCCGGCUUCGAGAUGACGUGUAACAUCGACCAAGUCGUUCCGGCCACUGACGCCAGCGGGGUCAUCAUGAACGGCAUCACCGAAGUGAGGGGACACUUCAUCCGCGAUAAUGUGCCCGUACCAGCCGACGAGAUCGAGACUCUCCGAGGGGACAUGGUGCUGCUGACUGCCAUCCAGUCCACGCUGGCGACGCGGCUGCUAGUGCUGCGCGACCUCUUCACGGACACCAGUCCGGCGCCGGACGCCGGCUCGGCCGCGGUGCUGUACGCGCUGGCGGUCCUCUCAGCCCUGCUGACUGCGCUCUGUCUCCUACUGCUAGUCAUCUUCAUCAUCAGGACUAAAAAACUUAACCGUCGUUUGGAAGCCCUGACGGUUAAGAAGUACGGGUCGGUGGAUUCAGGUUUGAACCGCGUCGGUAUCGCGGCGCCGGGCACCAAUAAACAUGCCGUGGAAGGCUCCAAUCCGAUCUGGAACGAGACCAUUAAAGCCCCGGACUUCGAUUCUAUGAGCGAUGCAUCGAACGACUCUGAUCUAAUCGGCAUUGAAGAUCUGCCACACUUCGGCGAAAAUAAUUAUUUUCCUCGUGACGUCGAUGAAUUUAAAACAGAUAAGCCCGAAGACAUAGUGGCAACACACAACAACAAUUUCGGCUUCAAGUCAACACCCUUCAGUCCGGAAUUUGCAAAUCAAUUCCAGAAAUAA